AGAAUUCAAAUAGGUGGGUUGCAGACAUAAUCACCCAUCUGCUCCACACUCCUGUCACAAGACAUUCUUUAAAUAAGAUGAGAACAGCGUAUGAAUUUAUCUUGACUAAGGCAACCUCCACAGCACAGCAGCUGGACAAUGAUAUCUCCAUAGCAAAGCUGCGCAAAAGCCCCAGUCAGGAGCAGUGCAACAGUUCCAUUUUGGAGUCGGAGAGCCUCACGAUGGAGCAGUCGGAGAGCCUCAUGGUGGAGCAGUCGGAGAGCCUCACGGUGGAGCAGUCGGAGAGCCUCACGGUGGAGCAGUCGGAGAGCCUCACGGUGGAGCAGUCGGAGAGCCUCACGGUGGAGCAGCCGGAGAGCCUCACCGUGGAGCAGUCGGAGAGCCUCACGUGGAGCAGUCGAGAGCCUCACCGUGGAGCAGCCGGAGAGCCUCACCAUGGAGAUGCCGGAGAGCCUCACCAUCUUUCCCUUCCACAGUCUUGUUCUCCAACUGCUCCAUCUUCCACCUCCCAGUCCUUGAGUCAGGAGGGGCCAUAUGUGAAGAAGGGAAAAAAAGUCUCAGAACAUUCUUUGCGCCUGACAGAAGAACGGACCGACACAAAACAAGAGAAAGAACCGCGUUACCUCAACAUGGAGGACCAGCCGCUGCUGCGUCUGGUCUCGUGGAGGACCAGCCUGCUGCCAUGUCCGAGUUCGUGA